AUGAUGUUCCGACGAGCGUAUAGUUUGUCAUUUUAUGUAUCCAGAAAGCCAGUAUCCUCCCUCAGGCCGAGGAGUUGUUUGGUGAGGUUUAGAAUUAACGAAAUUGAGAGACGGAAUCUUCAUGGAUCUUGUGUACAGUUUUUAUAUGACAAGAGUAAACUAGAAGAAACACUGAAAAGGUUGAAGGAACAAGCGACAUUGGAGGAAAAAGAAGGCCAAGCACGUAGACAGAUGAUAGAGAAAGCGAAAUUUCAAGUGGCCCUAGAACCCAUCUACAUACGAUGGCCAAGAGCUUUCAAGGAAGGCUGCAAACAUUACUAUCAUGGAUUUCGAUUGUUAUUCUUAGAAAUGCGAUUAAGUGCCAAAUAUUUAUGGAGAUUCUUACGCAGAAAACCGCUGUUACGUCGCGAGAAGCAACAAUUGGUGAGAACUCUCUCUGAUGUGCUACGACUGAUUCCGUUUUCUGCUUUCGUCAUUGUACCUUUUCUAGAAUUUACAUUACCUCUGUUCCUAAAAUUAUUCCCGAAUAUGUUGCCAAGCACAUUCACGGAUGCUACGAAAGAGGAAGAGAAAUUGCGAAGAAAAUUGAAGGCAAAACUAGAAACAGCGAAGCUGCUCCAAGCUGCCAUGGAAGAAAUGGCUUUGUACAAGAAGAAAAAUGCUGCGGAUGAUGAUAAGACAGCCAGCACUGCCGUUGAAUUUGCAGAAUUCAUAAAGAAGGUGCGUUCAGAAGGGAGUUACGUUACCAAUAAGGAUCUUCUCAAGUAUGUUAAGCUAUUCGAAGAUGAGCUUACGCUGGACAAUUUGCCAGCUAACACACUGCGAGCAUUAUGUCGUCUUUUGAAUAUUCAGCCAUUCGGUUCGCUUGAAAUUAUCCGAUUCCAGUUAUCGUUGAAAUUGCGGGCUUUGAAAGCAGAUGAUCAGGAAAUAGCUUUGGAAGGUGGAGCGGAUACCUUAACAGUGCCUGAGCUGCAACAGGCAUGCAGAGCACGUGGAAUGCGUUCACUGGGAAUGAGCGAAGAGCGUCUUAAGGAACAAUUAAAACAAUGGCUGGAACUAUCUCUUAAUGAUAAAGUGCCGCCAUCACUGUUGCUCUUAUCACGCACUAUCUAUCUGCCAGAAGAUAUUGCAUUCACGGAUCGUUUGAAAGCACUAAUGACAAACUUACCAGAUAAUAUCGCUGAAGUAACUCGCCAAAAUUUGGCAGAAAUUGAAGGUGAUAAAGUAAGUUAUGAAGCGAGGCUUAACCUUAUACAAAAUAUUGAGAAAGCUAUCGAUUCUGAAAGAGAGGCGAUGAAAGAAGCCGAGAAGAAGGAGGUGGCCAAGAAAGCUGAAGAGGAAAAAGUAGCAGCCGAAGCAGCAAAAGCGGCUGAAGUUGAAACUGUGGCUGAACUUAUGGAAUCACCCAGCCUAGAUAAAGCUCCAGUUUUGGAAAUCGCACAGCCAGCAACACUCCAAGAGAAGAAGAUCGUCGUGGAUGCAGCCAAUAAAUUGCAAAUUGACGAAGGACAUGUACAGUCAAUAGAAAAUGUUAUCCAUGGUAAUGCAAUAUCAGAGGCGAAGUAUGACAUCAGAGAAUUGAAAGAACAAAUUAACGAACACAAUGAGGAUCUGGAAGAACUGGACUUAUUAGUGAAAGAUUUAAAAGAGCCUAGGGGAGCUAAACUACUUCGAGCACGUGUCAACAAAAUGCUGAAAAAGGCGGAUAAAUUGUUAGAAAAGCUUGAUGAAGAUAAAAAAGCUAUCGGUGAAAUAUCCGAAAGUGCUGCUGAUGAAGACAAAAAGGUGAAAAAGGAGCGAUUGAUGAGAGUAGAGGAUCUCAUAGAUAAGAUGCAAACUUUGCAAAAAAUGAGCGAGGAAGACAAAGAGGAAUUUCGAAAAAUAUUACAAGCUCUUGAUGAAGAUAGCGAUGGUGUAAUAGAUGUUAAUCUCGUCUUACACGCAUUAACUUUGUUCGAAAGCCAUAAAGAGCUUCAUUUAACUACGGAACAAAUCAAGACAAUUGUGGAAAUGCUGAAAAAGGAGGAACAUAUUGAGGCAAUGAAGGCAUUCCUUGCGGGAACUGUACCCUACCCUCCUCCUUCCUCAUCUUCUUUAUCAGUCGCUUCUUCUGACGGUGAAGUUGUGACAGAUCCCGCAAAAGUUAUCAAGCAAAAGCUUUCGGUAAAUCCGGCAAAGAUUAUCAGCAGGGAAACGCCUGCAAACCAGAAACUUAAUAAACUGCCGACAGACACAAAAUAG